UGGGGGGUUGGAAGAAAAAGGUUGUAAGUAUAAGAAUGAAUAUGAAUAUGAUGAUGUAUAAGUCUCACCUUCCGGAGAACCUUUACUUGAAUCCAACUCUACUCAACAAAAAUCCCUAACAAUCUCAUCUCAUCCCCAAACCUCCCAUUUUGUUCUUCUCUUCUUCUCCUCAGCAUUAAUCCACCACCAACCCCAUCAUUAACUAAAAUACGCUAAAAUCAAGAAAACCCACCAAACUCUUGCUAUUCUAUUCAUUCCCUCCAAAUCAAUAUCAAUAUCAAUAUCAAACACCCCAUAAAAAUCCAAUCUUGAAACACACACAACACGCAUUCUCAUUUUAAAGGGGGUGGAGGUGGGAGGAAAUGACAGACAUUCUGCAUUCCCCACCUCAGCUGUCUUCACCAUCAAGCUCCAUUUCAUGUAUAACACCCACGAGCAAUGAUGGGCUGCCCCAACAGACUUUUCUCGACCAUGACUCCCUUAUUACCAGUAAUCUUGCAGCUAAUUUGUGCAGGAGAAGUUGCGGUGCUGGGCAGAUAAGAGAAGGGGUGGAAGGGAAUCAGCUGUCUGUUUUGGCAGUUUUGGUGGCCAUCUUGAGGAAAUCUUUGGUGGGUUGCACAAGUGUAAGUGGGGUUGGGGUUGAAGAGCAGCUGAUGGAAAUUGGGUGGCCUACGAAUGUAAGGCAUGUUGCUCAUGUCACUUUUGAUAGGUUUAAUGGGUUUCUUGGACUCCCUGUUGAGUUUGAACCUGAAGUUCCCAGGAGGCCUCCUAGUGCCAGUACGAGAGUAUUUGGAGUCUCGACAGAGUCCAUGCAGCUUUCUUUUGACUCCAGAGGUAAUUGCGUGCCUACUAUACUGCUUAUGAUGCAAAGACGCUUGUACUCACAAGGAGGCCUGCAGUCAGAAGGAAUCUUCAGAAUCAAUCCAGAGAAUGGGCAGGAAGAGUAUGUCAGGGAACAACUAAAUAAUGGACUGAUUCCAGAUAACAUCGAUGUUCAUUGUUUAGCUGGUCUAAUUAAGGCCUGGUUUAGAGAACUACCGAGAGGGGUAUUGGAUUCUCUGUCACCAGAUCAGGUGAUGCAGGCGCAAUCAGAAGAUGAGUGCACUCAGCUUGUGAGGCUCCUUCCACCAACAGAAGCAGCACUGCUAGAUUGGGCAAUUAAUCUUAUGGCUGAUGUUGCCCAGUUCGAGCAUCUGAACAAGAUGAACGCACGUAAUGUUGCCAUGGUCUUUGCUCCAAAUAUGACUCAGAUGUCGGAUCCUCUGACCGCAUUGAUGUAUGCCGUCCAAGUAAUGAAUUUUCUCAAGACUUUGAUUGUCAAAACCUUGAGAGAAAGAGAGGAUUCUGCAUUUGAAGCUGGUCCGCUGUUGCAGUUAGAGCCUUCCAAUGAAGAUGGGCAUCACAGUCUAGUGAGAUCGUUAAAUCUUGAGGCCGAUGACGUAAGUGAGGAUGAACAAGUCAAAAUAGUGAAAGAACCAAAGCCAAAUGACAGUAUUAACUAUAGUUCUUCUCAGGCUGAGCCUAAAACUGACAACAAAACUCAUGACUUUCUAAGUUCCACCGAGAAUAUCUUACCUGAUGCAAAGGAACACGCGGCUGAUAAUGGCUCUGUUGAUAUUCCAAAUUGUCGUGGGACAACAAAGGAUGGACUUGAGGGCGGGAACACUUCCAUGGGCAGUGGGAGAACUCAAUCAAGAAUCCGGAGGACGAAAUCCGGCCAGCCAAGCAACUCAAAUAGUGUCAAGAAAGGAUCAAAAAGGCAUACCCCUCGAGCAGUCGUUCAUGCAAAUGAGACCGCAGAAAAGAACAAGGAAAUAAGCAUUAUUAGCCGUGUAAAUUCACAUACAGAACGAGCGGAGGCCUGGAGGUGAAGGUCAUGAAACCAUAAGCUUUGCUGGACGAGCGGCGAGUAUCGUUCUUAUUUCCAGCUAACAGAAACCAUCAUUUGCAUUCUAAUUUUCAUUUGGGUCUGUGUUUCAUUCAACUAUAUAUUAUAUUGAAUUCUUGGAUUUGGAGUUAUUACAAGUUUGUCAGUCUCAUGCUUAGACCCCUUCUGUAGCUUGCACUGGCAGAUUCUGUGUAUCCUUUACCUGUCAUGGUAAUGAACAUCUGAUCUCUGUGUAAAGAAUCUGUAGUAGCUUUGGAAUACUUUGGACUGUGAAUGUAAUUUAAUUUCAUUUUUGUUGAACUUAUUAAUUGGAAGUC